GGAAAGGUUUGAAUUCAUGCGUGAAAGUGUACCCAUCACUGUGGUAGAAGUAGAGGGUAGGAGAGAGAGGGAUUAUGAUGUAGAUGCAGACAUAGUGGAGGAGGUGAAGCAGUAUAAGUCUGAGCUCGGGACCAGGGAUAGCCUGGGAUAUUUGGUGGAGAGUUAUGAGAUCUCCUCCCGAGUGUUAAUUAGGUCAGCUGGGGUAGAGGAGAGGGCGUGUUCUGCUCCUCGGGAUCAUUGGAUGCCCGUGUAUGCCCACUAUUUGGUAGCCGGGCUUAGGUUUCCAAUUCCUAAGCUGUUAGUAGAUGAUACAGAGUGGGAGAGGGGGGAUACCGAGGUGGAGGAGUUAUCAUCCUGGAAGGCUAAAAGAGCCAACCAGAAUAAGUUUAGUUUAAAUGAGGAUGAGGAGGAAAAGGUGGGGAAGUUGGUGAGGAAAGGGGGAAAUUUAUUGAACAUCAUGGACCUCACUAGCGCAAAAUGCAUAGAAGCUGCUGAGCUCUAUGGGCCAAGCGCUUUAAGUGAAGCUGAAAUGGACAAAUUUUUGAACACUGCUACAAGAGUGGCCAUUCCCAAGAAGCCAAGGAAGAAGUCAAAGACUUCAACCAAACAAGUGGAUGAGGGAGCAAUUGGAAAAGAGGUAGUGCCCAACACUACAGCCGGAGUGGAGGAGGAGGAGCCAGAGCUGCAGUUGAAGAGAAAAAGGAACCCACCUCGGGGCUUUGCAGGUUCAUCUGAAGUGAAGACGCAGAUUGAAGAAGGAUCUUUGGUUUCGUGCAAUUACACAUUUUAAACUGCUGCAAAUAUGUUUUGCAUAAAAUGCAAGAAUUUGA